AUGAAUUUCACUCAAUCUCCUCCAGGUGCUGUGGACAACAGCUCCGUCUCUCUCGACGACGAUACGCUGAAAGCGCUCUGUCAGGUAACUGAAUUGGAAAAAUUCCAAUUUAGAGCUUUCCGCCAAAUCUACCAAGAUGUGGGUCCAGGAGUACGUCCUUCACAAUAUAAAGGCGACGUCACUAUCAACAUUAAAAGAUUGGGUCUACCAACAAACAAAAGCGUCGUUGAAGCAGUUCAGAAGCUAAGGUCUGGGUAUGAGAAAACGGCAGAGGCUUUCUCCGCAGAGGCCUUCCCCCCUGAUGUCAACAAGGAAAUCGCAUUACAGCAAACAGUAAAGCUCGCCUAUCUAAUUGAUCCUGCAUCAUAUGAUGUCCAUCCAAAAGUCUUUAGAUUCGAAAACGAACCAGUGUUCCCUGUUAAGUGGGAGUCAAGCCAGACAUUUGAAGAUUUUUUCAACACGGCUUUUCCUAUCACCACUAACGCUCAGGAACUGUGGACAGCCUCGACCGAGAAAAGGUCUCUGAAGGCGUGGAAGCUUUGUCAAAGGCAGAAAAUUCGAAUCGAGCGGACCGACGACCUCGCAGAGCACCUGGUUUACGAUGCGCGUAAGAAGACACUGAUGGUUUUUCACCAAGUUGAAUGGCUCAAAGCACAAAUAUACAAUACCAAGAUGAGAGCUCUGGAUGAACCCGUGAAAACGAGCUUUUCCGCUGGUACACUGCCCCCGCAGCUCCUUGUCGAGACCUUUUCCACUAUAUAUGACAUUCUCUUCCCGAUCGCGACAUGCAAAAAGACCGACGAGAUUGCGGAACGCCUUGUGGAGCAAGAGAAAUGUCCUUUCGAUCCUAACCUGCUCAUCUAUACGCGAUUAGAUCGCUCGAUCCCCAAAGACUUCAAGUACCUGUACUGGAGUAAAAGACUGAGGACCCUACAGAAUUUAAUGAAGGCACCGCCACCUAAACACAAGAUCACUUCGUGGUUUGAGCGCCACACGUCAGAAAGAAACGCACUGACAGUUGCUAUUAUUGGCCUGUUCCUAAGCGUUCUAUUUGGUUUUCUGGGGUUGUUAGUGGGGAUUGCCCAGCUUGUUAUCUCUAUAAUGGCGUGGAAAUAUCCGGUGUAG